AAACGUUUUAUGUGACAAACCAUUGAAACACACGUUCACUGACUCACAACAAAGUGUUGUCAACAAAAACAACCACUUCUUGAGUGUCACCGCAACUGAUCCCAUGUCUGCCAACACUAACCGCGGGAGGGGUCGACUCCCGAAGACAUCGACUGCACCGAAACGGCACUCAAUUGAUCCCAUUCUCAGCCAAUACUCGUAUGACUCGUCCGAAGACAUCUACUCGUGUCAGGUCUGCGACUACCGGACCCGCAAUCGGCUGUAUGUCAGACAACACAUGGUCUCACACUCGCAGUACAGGCCCUACCGGUGCCGAGAGGUCGGGUGCGCCCAGACAUACAAACGCCCGCAAGAGCUG